CGAUAACGUUCUCUACCGAGAGCUUCAUAAAGGAAGCGACGGCCAAAGCACCGCACAUAUAACGAACGCCCCAGCAUCAGCUACGUCGUAUAGACUAACCUUCCGGCAACUAUCUGCAGGCCACUCGGUCGAGAACCCACGCUUUAACUUUUCGGCCGUUCCUCCCGAGGUAUACUCGUUUCGAGAGAACAAAGCAUGUCGCACCUACUGGGCUUGUGCUGCUGCAACGCCUGCGAGAACUGCCGGAGAUGUCUGCGUGUUAGGCUUCCCAGGUGCUUUGGCGGUCAAGUCGCGCCAGAAGGGCUAGGGGAACUGGAACUUGGCACCCUACAGCAGCCUACCGAAGAGGAAGCGGAACCAAGCUCGGUGUUCGAGGUCGUCACCCACGGUCCGUCGGCGACGUCCGCAACGGGAAGAACUUCCGCACCGCCGACCGCGGAAGCUGGCGUUGGCACCGAAGCGAAGUCUACGACCGAGGCAUCCGCUCAAACGCAACCGCCCAAGACGAGCCGACCCGGCUAUGGAGACUAUCCCGUAGGCACCGUGUACCUGUCGCACGUCUGCAGUGACAUGUCGCUUUCGUCGGACCCGCAAACGGAGCCUUCUACGCUGGCUUCUAUGGCGGUUCUGGCUUGCGCUAAGCGCGCCGAGGAGGACACGUCACCGGAAGAAGUGUCUGGCAUGGAGAUGGCGUCCAUCAGUGCCGGAGCCGAUCAAGACCAGCUGCAGUCGUCCAGUGCUUCUGAACCGGAGGAGCAAGCUGAAAAGCCUUAAUACGACCCAGUGGCCACCUCGGACGAGGCUUCCUGACGAGAACUCGGCGUGUUGCCUUCUGCUUUGCGGUAACAGGUCUUCUUUUCUGGCGCAUCGACCUUCACGUGCCGUCAAGAUAUUUUACCUGCUUUUAGCUGCCAAUAAAAUACUCA